GCCUCGCUGCCUGCAGGCCCUGGUCGAACUGGAGGGAGCCGGGGAGAGGAGCGCAGGCGGCCCUCGCGGCCCGGGCGAGCGGACUGCCGGCGGGCCUGCGGCGGCCGCGGCGGCGCCGGCGGAGCGCGGCGGGGAUGGGGCGCCGAGCCGGGCCGGGGCCUCGGCCAUGUUCGCGGGGCUGCAGGAUCUGGGCGUGGCCAACGGCGAGGACCUGAAGGAGACGCUCACCAACUGCACGGAGCCGCUCAAGGCCAUCGAGCAGUUCCAGACAGAGAAUGGCGUGCUGCUGCCUUCCCUGCAGUCGGCUUUGCCCUUCCUGGACCUGCACGGGACGCCCCGGCUGGAGUUCCACCAGUCCGUGUUUGACGAGCUGCGGGACAAGCUGCUGGAGCGCGUGUCGGCCAUUGCAUCCGAGGGGAAGGCCGAGGAAAGGUACAAGAAACUGGAAGACCUUCUGGAGAAGAGUUUUUCUCUGGUGAAGAUGCCGUCCUUACAGCCAGUGGUGAUGUGUGUCAUGAAACACUUGCCCAAGGUUCCCGAGAAGAAGCUGAAGCUGGUCAUGGCCGACAAGGAGCUGUACCGGGCCUGCGCUGUGGAGGUGAAGCGGCAGAUCUGGCAGGACAACCAGGCGCUCUUCGGUGACGAGGUGUCCCCGCUGCUGAAGCAGUACAUCCUGGAGAAGGAGGGCGCGCUCUUCAGCACAGAGCUGUCCGUGCUGCACAACUUCUUCAGCCCGUCCCCCAAAGCCAGGCGCCAGGGCGAGGUGGUGCAGAAGCUGACGCAGAUGGUGGGGAAGAACGUGAAGCUAUACGACAUGGUGCUGCAGUUCCUGCGGACCCUCUUCCUGCGAACGCGGAACGUGCACUACUGCACUCUGCGGGCCGAGCUGCUCAUGUCCCUGCACGACCUGGAUGUUAGCGACAUCUGCUCCGUGGACCCCUGCCACAAGUUUACCUGGUGCCUGGACGCCUGCAUCCGUGAGCGGUUCGUGGACAGCAAGAGGGCCCGGGAGCUGCAGGGCUUUCUGGACGGAGUGAAGAAGGGUCAAGAGCAAGUCCUGGGGGACCUGUCCAUGAUCCUGUGUGACCCCUUUGCCAUCAACACCCUGUCACUGAGCACCGUCAGGCACCUGCAGGAGCUAGUCGGCCAGGAGAUGCUGCCCAGGGACAGCCCCGACCUCCUCCUGCUGCUUAGGCUGCUGGCUCUGGGCCAGGGCGCCUGGGACAUGAUCGACAGCCAGGUCUUCAAGGAGCCCAAGAUGGAGGUGGAGCUCAUCACCAGGUUCCUGCCCAUGCUCAUGGCCCUGGUGGUGGAUGACCACACCUUCAAUGUGGACCAGAAGCUGCCUGCCGAGGACAGGGCUCCGGUCACGUACCCCAACAUGCUGCCGGAGACAUUCACUAAGUUCCUGCAGGAGCAGCGCAUGGCCUGUGAGGUGGCACUGUACUACGUGCUGCACGUCGCCAAGCAGAGGAACAAGAACGCACUGCUGCGCCUGCUGCCGGGGCUCGUGGAAACCUUCAGCGACCUGGCCUUUGGCGACAUCUUUCUCCACCUGCUCACGGGGAACCUGGCGCUGCUGGCCGACGAGUUUGCCCUGGACGACUUCUGCAGCAGCCUCUUCGAGGGCUUCCUCCUCACUGCCUCCCCGAGGAAGGAGAAUGUGCAGCGGCACACACUGCGACUCCUGCUCCACCUGCACCACCGUGUGGCCCCGUCGAGGCUGCAGGCCCUGCAGAAGGCACUGGAGCCCACUGGCCAGAGCGGAGAGGCAGUGAAGGAGCUUUACUCCCAGCUCGGCGAGAAACUGGAGCAGCUGGACCAUCGGAAGCCCAGCCCAGCCCAGGCUGCAGAGACCCCAGCCCUCGAGCUGCCGCUGCCCACCGUGCCCGCCCCGGCUGGGCUCUGA